AACCAUUUGACAUUAAGAUAUUGAUGCUUGUUUGUUUCUUCUGUUUAUUAUAAAAGCAAGUUUUGUGGAGUAAAUAAACAAAUGGUUAUUCUGCGGAGUCCAUUCUGGCAUAAUACACCGAAGAAGCAGUUGACCAGGUCGAGGGCGGCUUUACUUGAUGAGAAGAGUUUUCUGAACAACCGUCUACAUACAGUUAGGAAUGGUAUCUCCUUCAUAGCAAUGAAAGACUUGUUGCGAAGCAAGUCUCAACAACAACAUCAUCAUCAUCAUCAUCAUCAAGUUGAAGAAGAAGCUCUAUUACAAAGCAAGAAGCAGCUCAAGAACGAAGAGGAAGGUGAUGGCCACCACACCUUUAGAGCACCGCCACCAAUUCGUCUUCUUUCUUGUGUUCCUUGAGUAGCUUCCAAGCUUUGUUAUCAUUGUUACUGACCCACCCCCCCCCCCCAAAAAACAAAGUUUCUUCAUCACAGAAUCAAGACCAUUCCCACCAUGGAAAACCCUCCUCCUGGACGCAGAUUGUCAGGAAUCUCGUACAUAAUCAUCAUCUCUCUUUUCUUCGGCCUAAUCUCCUUCAUCUCAUGUAUUUUGGCUGAGUUCAAGAGGAAUAAGAAGGAGGAUCUGAGAUGGAAUGGGAAAUCAUGUUUCAUGCCAACAAGCGCAGCAUUUGGGUUUGGUGUUGCAGCUUUGGUCAGCUUCUUCUUUGCCCAGAUGAUUGGGAAUUCUGCUUUCUUGAGGAAUUCUUGUUCAGGAGGGAAAAGAAAUGUCUGUUGUAAGAUACCAGUAAUUGCAAAGGUUCUGCUUUUGAUCUCCUGGCUGAGCUGGGGGGUUGCAGUAAUUAUGCUGAUAGCAGCGACAAGCAUGAGCAGAAGACAGCCUUACGGAGAAGGGUGGUUGAAUGGUGAGUGUUACAUAGUAAGAGGAGGCACUUACGUUGGAUCAGCCAUAUUGAUCCUUGUGGCCAUGGCUUCUUGUAUAACAGCAUCACUGCUCUCAACGGCGAAGACCACACAAGCAGAUGAGAAUCGUAAAGUACACGCCCAAAUGGGGUAACAAUGUUACAGACAUUAUUGGUUGUUAUUUAUUACAAAUAAAGAAAGAAAAAGAAAAGGAGAAUUGGUAUGUGAAACAGAGGUUUCUUUUGAGACAAUCUAAAGAAUGGGGUUUUAGAAAAACUGAUGCAAGUUGGAAAGAAAGGGAAAUAAAGGCUUCUUCUAAAGAAAGGGAUAUUAAUAUUCUAUUCUUUUGAGUAAUAAAAAGAAAGUGUGUGGACCCACUUCAGGUAUUUAAGUACUUAACCUCUGGUGAUUUUUUUUUUUUUUACUCAAUUUAUACGCUACCAUAUAGACACUGUUACUGUAUACCGUCUCUGUCCCAAGACAUAAUAGCUGCCUCAGAUAGGAACUCCAUAGUCCAUUUUGGAAUCCACCUGUAGAAAUUAAUGAUUGUCUGACGUGUGUCUAUAUUAUAUAAUAUUAUAUAUACACUGUUCAGUUGCA